AUGUUCGCAGAACUGGUCAAGGAACAGCGAGUGGGUCGCGUGCAGGGCCCGCUUCCGCGGGAAUUUCUCCGUUCACCAGCCUUCCAGCUCGCGAAAGGUUUUCCAGUCGUUCAGAACGACAAGGUUCGAAGAGUCGACAAUUGGCUACGGUCACGAUACAACGAGACGGUCGCAGCACUGGACUGUCCUCCUUACUUGGGAGCACCAACUGUGGUCGCGGGCGCUCUUGAGUGUUCGGCCAAUUUCCAUCCAGGCUCCAUGCACGAAAUUCGUCAUCUCGUCGCUCCCGGUUCGCGAACCGUCCGAGUGCGAGUUGGUUUUGCCCGCAAGACGCCCCCGACACUCUGGUCUCGCUUCGCUUUACCUUUUGGUGCCGUGGGGUCGGUUUGGGGGUACCCUAGGGACGCAGACGUGGUUGUUUUCCUCACCAUCGUACUUCUUGUGAUGUUCGCAGCGCAUUACGUGGAUGACUUCUUUUCGGUUGAACAAGCCUCCACCGCAACAGGGGCGUUCGCCGUCUUCCAACCCCUUCACCCGAUUCUAGGCUUCCGGAUGAAAGAAGAGAAGUCGAAGCAAAUUUGCAAAGAACAGACCCUGCUCGCCAUCGAAUGGACUUUCGACAACGAUGCACUGUUCGCAUCCCCAGGGCCUAUACGCAUUCUCAGCGGAGUACAGCGUUGA